AUGGGGCUAAGAGGUAGCAAGUCUAGGGACACCGAGGUCCCCUGCAGUUUUGUGGAGCCUAAAGCGUGGUUUCUCUUCCUGCUGGUGAUGGGAUGUGUGUACCACCAGCCCAGCAAGUUCAGCCAUCAGAACAUUGUGCACUGUGUGGAGCUCGGCCUCCAGGCUGGCCCUCACCUAAUUCUGCUGGAGUUGAUGUCUGGAGGGGACAUGAAAUUUCCUGAGGCGCAGCCCGCCACACCUGCCCAGCCAUCACCUCUGGCCAUGCAGGACCUGCUCCAGCUGGCCCAGGACAUAGCCCAGGGCUGCCACUACCUGAGGAAAAUCUUCCUCUGGGGGGACAUUGCUGCCAGGAACUGCCUGCUGAGCUGCAGUGGACCCAGCGGAGUGGCCAAGAUGGGGGACUUCUGGAGGGCUAGAGUUAUCUACAAAGGCAGUUAUUACCUAAAGGGUUGCCAGGCUCUGCUGCCAGUCAAGUAGAUCCCAGAGGCCUUCCUGGAGGGCACCUUCACAUCCAAGAUAGACUCCUGGUCUUUUGGGGCACUGCUCUUGGAGAUCUUCUCACUGGGCUAUAUGCUCUGCCCUGGGCACAACCAGGAGGGGCAGGACUUCAUAGCCAGAGUGGGACUGAUGGCCAGCCCCGCCCAGGGGCUGUCUAGGGCCUCUGAGAGUUUAGAGUGUUGCCCAGGGAGGGGGUCCUUCACAGCCAUGGUUGAGCACAAACUGCUCCUUCUCCCCAGGUAA